AUUUAAGAAAGUUGAUCUAAAAUAAAAUUUACACGUCUCUGAACCUUCUUCAGAUACUGGUGUCCUAAAAUGUUGAAAGUUAUCCCAUUUUUAUUUGUGGGUUUGGUGGUUGCUUCCACCAACCCAGGAUGGAGGGACAACACCGAAUAUACUUAUUUGGUGCGUGGUCGCACUCUCGCUAGUCUGCACGAAGUUAGCAACCAAUAUUCCGGUAUUUUGCUUCAAGCCAAACUCACUGUCCACACAGUGUCCGACGAAGAACUCUUCUGUAAAAUCUCCGAUGCAAAAUACAGCCAAAUCCACUCACACCUUCCUGAGGGAUGGAAUAGCAGAAUCCAAGAUUCUGAACUAUCCUGGAAACCCUUGGAAAUCUCCGAAAAACCAUUCAAAAUGGUUGUGAACCACGGAGUAGUGAAGGACGUAAUUGUUAAUAGUGAAAUCGCUAACUGGGAAGCUAACGUCAUCAGAAGUAUUGUAAGUCAAUUCCAACUGGACACCAAGGCCCACAAUGUCAUCCCCAGCCCUGUUAAUACACUCCCAGAUAUGACCACCAACACUGCCAACUUCAAGACCAUGGAAGACACCGUAACUGGUAACACUGAAACUUUGUACGACAUCCAUUUGCUUCCCGAAUACGUAUUGCAAAACCAACCCUGGUUAGCCCCCAAAUACGAAGAAAACUCCAAUGAACAACUCAUCGAAAUCGUUAAGUCCAAAAACUACUCCAACUCCGCCGAUAGACCUUCAUACCAUUUCGGUCUUUUCAACAUGGAAUUCGUGGAACCCACUUCCAACAACAUGGGAGACUUCUACACCAGGUCGUCAGUGAGCAGAAUUGUUGUCACUGGAAACUUGAACAGUUACACCAUCCAAAACAGUUUUACUGUCAACAAACAAAUCAUGAGUCCCACAUUAACUGACAAACAAAAGGGAUCAGUUGUCAGUAUGUUGAACGUUACCUUGACUGAAAUGAAGAAGACUCCUCAGAAACCACAACCAAUUACCAGACCAGUUUCACUAGGAAAUCUGGUGUACAGAUACGACGAACCUUACGGCUCCAACAAAGUACGCCCUUUGAACCAAAACGGUGAUGAAAAGCAAGAACUGAUUUCCAGCGAAGAAUCUUUGUUGAACAUGGGUAGAUUCCGCAGAUACAGUGACAUAACCCACAAACUCUACAACGACUUGAUCUAUUCAUCAAUUCAGGAGAGGUACCCACAAAAACAAGACGAAUCUCAAGUGCAAAACCCACCAAAAUCCCCAUUGCUUCCUUUCACCGUCGGUUACAGAGGAAACUCCAUCAAAAACGACCCGAGCUUUGACAUUGAAAAGACAAUUAAAAAGUUAGCUAGAGAAAUCGGCGUAGAAAUGCAAGAGCCAGAAAAAAUACCCAGCCACGACACUUUGGCUAAAUUCACCAUCAUGGCUUCCCUUUGCCGCGUCAUGUCUUUCGAAGAAAUGAAGAACAUCGCUCAAGAACUGUACACCACCGAACAAACCGGACUAAAAUAUGGUGCCUGGGUUGCCUACCGCGAUGCUGUUGCAGAAACUGGAACUGGACCAGCUUUACUUACAAUCCGCCACAUGAUUGAAUCCAAAAUGGUUAAAGGCCAGGAAGCUUGUGCUUUGGUAUCCACCAUCGCCGUAAGUUCCCGCCAGCCAACUUUGGAGUACGUCCGCGAGUUCUACGAACUUGUCAACAGCAAGCAAACCACCGAACAAGAAGACUUGCACCGUGUUGCCCUUCUGUCCUUCACCGACCUUUUAAGAAAGGUGUACGUGAACAAGCAACAAUCUCACAACAAGUACCCAGUACACAGCUUUGGCUCCUUCAGAACCGAAGAAGGCAAAAUGUUCGUCACCAAGACCGUUAUUCCCGAACUUCAACAAAAACUCCACGAAGCCAUCACCAAGGCUGACUCAAACAAAGUUCUCACUUACACCAGGGCAAUUGGUAACAUCGGUCACCACCAAAUCCUUUCCGUCUUCGAACCCUUCCUGGAAGGUCAACACCAAGUGUCCCAAUUCCAACGCUUCUGGAUGCUCAUCUGUUUGGAUAAGUUGGCCAAAACCGACGGUGUACGUGCCCGCUCCGUAAUGUACAAGAUUUACCAAAAUCUGGGAGAAAACCCAGAAAUCAGAGCCGCUGCAGUAUUCCAAAUCAUGCGCACUGGACCACCCAGCAACUUGCUCCAACGCAUGGCCGAAUUCACCCACAUCGACAACUCCAGAAUGGUUAACGCCGCCGUCAAGUCUUCCAUCGAACACGCCGCCAAAUUGGAAGGAAAAGAAUUCCAAAACUUGAAAAAUGCUGCCAAGACUGCUUUGCCUCUUCUCAACAAACAACAAUACAAACUGCAUGAAGCUGGAAACAUGAUUAACAGCUACGUUUUCGAAGAAAUCAGCACGAUGUUCAAGAACACCAUCCAGUGGGUUGGAGACGAAAACAUGGAUUUACCAAAAAUGCUGAAAAUUGCUCUGAGAUUAAACAAUGGCGGUAUGAGGCAACAAUUGGCUAUUGUUCAAGGUUCUGUUUCUAACUUAUUGGAAUUGACCAAUGUUAUGUAUGAACAAACCGAAGAAUAUAAGAAAGAUCAAGAAGAAUCUGUGAAUGGACAGAAAAACCAAUGGUCCAGUAAGAACAUUGCCAGGCUUUUAAAUUUGAGAGCUGACGAACGCGAAGCAUUGGAAGGUGUGUUCAACAUGGAACUUGGACCAAUGCGUAAUCUCAUCACAUUCAACAACAGAACUAUUGAAAAACUUCCACUUUUACUCCGUGAAAUCGAAGGACAACUUGAAGGUGGCAAAGACGUCCACAUGACCAAAUUCUUGAACAGAGAUGAAAUUGCUUUCUCUUUCCCAACUGAAAUGGGCUUCCCAUUCUUGUACACCUACGACAAACCAACUUUGCUCCAUAUUAGAGGUCGUGUAAGCGCCAACUCUAGCCCCAAAAUCUCCACUGGAAAACUUAUCAGAAUGCCAGAAUCUGUUGAAGGACAAGCUGAAAUUGAAACCAUCAUCACAACCAAAGUUUGUGGAAAAAUGUCUUUCAUUACUCCAUUCGACCAUGAGCAGUACAGCGCUGGUUUUAACAAAAUCGUUCACGUAAACUUGCCUCUUAAAGGAAAAAUGGAAAUUAACCUGAAAGAAAAACAAGUCAAAUCUGAAAUUGAACCACUAGUUAAAAACAAAGAAAUCAAAAUCUUGCACGCAAGCUCAUCGCCCUUCACUUCAGUCCACAAUAUCUUAAACACCGAACCACUUUCCCAAACUUACAAGCUGAUCAGGCAAAGAAGUCAAAGAGUUAUCAAUCAAAUCUUAGGCAAGGAAACCACUGGCAUCGCCCUCCAGGUUAAGAUUAACCAUGAAGUCGAUCAAGGAGACUCUUUGCUCCAAGUUAUCCAAAGAAUUCAACGUGAAGGAUGCAUCAUCCCCAAAGGCAACAUUCAACAAGGAGCUAUGGACGUCGUCUACCUUCCACAAGAAUCAUCUACCAAUAAACUUAGCAUGCACUUCGGUAUGCAACAAAAAUACAAGUCCCAGAGCAACGACGACAAACACGACCUGAGCCACUUGUACAACGCACCAUCCCAAUCCAUCGCCCGCCAACAAGAUUUCGAACGUAAGGCCGGUUCGAACAUGCGUAACGCAGAGAUUUCCGCAUACGACGCUUCGUUUGAAUUCCAAGGCAAACAAACCUUGAAAUACACCUUCACAGCUGCUACUGCCAAGAGCAACGUCGACCCUACUUCCAGAAUCUUGUUCUAUUUCAAGAAACAUUCCGACGGUGGAGACCAGAAAUCUUACCACGUUGCUAUGAGUACCAAAAUGCACAUUCCCAACAGAAACGAACUUAACCUGGAAGAUGCUUUGAAACACGAACCAUCCGGCAACGCUCAAGUUUACAUCGCCUUUGGAAACGAAUACGAAUCCUCCUCCAAAAUCAAGGCUGAAGUUCACCUCAGCAGAAACCAAGAAACCAAACAAAUAAUCACUGAAGAUCCUUUGUACCAGGUCUGCAAGGAAGAACAAAAACAAGGUCUCCAACAUCUCCCAGCCUGUGCCAACUUGACCAGAAUAGCCAACAGAAUGGACGUGAUCCACGUUAAAUUGCAACACCACAACGUCAACGAACAGGUCGUACAAUGGAGCAGGACUAUCAUGGAUUUGGUACGUCUCCACUGGAGCCCAAUGAUGGAAGUUGACCAGAAGUCCAACGGAAAGCAGGAUGAGCCUGAAAUGGAGCUGCGCAUCAACCCAAAUUACCGUUCUGUGAAUGUUUCGAUCAAGGGAGAUCAUAUGAUGAAGAUACGUGAUGUUGUCUUGCCUUUGGGUGUUAUUCUUGGAGAACAGAAACCUUCCUGUGUCGUGGAACAUUCCGUCAUCAACAGCUUUAAUAACAGAUCUUACCCAGUAACUUUGAAGCAAUCCUGGAUUACUGUCCUUCAGUACGUCCCACCAAGAGCCAGAAGCCAAAACAUUCAACAAGAACAAAACAAACAUGGAGUAAAUGUUGAACAACAGUUGGAAAAACAAAUUGAAAAUUACGUAGUAUUAGCUCGCCAAAACCAAGGAAAAACACAAGAAGUUAGGAUUACCUUGAACACCCCAAAAACCAAUGGCGAAACCAUUGAAAUUCACAUGAAGCCAUCCCCCACAAAAUCACCCAAGGCUAAAGUUUUAGUUAACGGCCAAGAAGUUAAAGUCAACAACGAGGAGAGUCACGAAAUCAAACAUGGCCUGGUCGAAAUUUACGCUUUGAACAACGGCGAAAUCAAAAUGGUUGUAAGAAACGCCUUCGAAUUAGUGUUUGACGGCGCCAGAGUGAAGGUCACUCCUUUGAGCAACAAAUUCAGGAGUGCUUUGCGCGGCAUCUGCGGCAACUUCAACGAGAACGCCGACAAGGACCGUCUCACCUCCGACAACUGCGUCUCCAGAAGCGUCAGCCAAAUGGUCGAAAGCUACACCGUACAAGAAGGCAAACAAAGAACCAACCAACAAGACACCCGUUGCUCCAAAGUUAAAGUAUUGUACGCCAACGUAGUGUCAGACCUCGACGCCGGCAGGGACUCCAAAUACAACAUGCAAUUGGAAAACAGCCCAAGACUCUGCUCCAUCCACCAAACCAGGUACAUCGAAGAAGCCGAUCAAAUUUGCUUCACCAGACGUCCAUACCCCGUGUGCAAGUGCAAACAACAAGGCACCUUGAGGAAGGAAGUUUCCGUGCACUGCGUGCAAAAGAGCCAAGUGUCCGACAUGUGGAAACAGCAAAUCGAGAAGGGAUUGAGCCCCAGCUUCGAAAACAAGCAAGAAACUAAGACCAUGCACCUUGAUGUGCCACAAGUGUGUACCCAAUAAAUUAUUACUUAAGACGAACAUACUCGCAUAAGAUGUAUAAAUAUAUUAUUUAAAUAAAUUUUUAAUACAUCA